AAGAUAGCGAUUAGCGAUAACAGGCAUUGCCUGCGCCAAUUCCCACUUGGAUUUUCUUUUCAUUUCCAAGUUUCAUGUUUUUUUUUUUUCCGAGUCCAAGCUCCAAAGGGUCUCUCUCUGCUUCCAUUUCCAAUAGAAAGUUGCUAAUAAAUUAGAGAACUUGAUAAAUAUACGUAGAUAUAGAGAUUGAUAGGGGAUGAUGUCUAUCACUUUCGCUUUUCAGUCUCUCUGUAACAAUGUUUUCCCAUCUCCCACUUCGAAUCAUUCCGAAAUUUCAUCGAUUUGGCGUCCCAUUUCCACUAAACUCCCACAAUUAAGCAACCCCAUCUCUCAAUCCUUCAGGAAAACCUUCACCAUUGUUUCUUCCAAGUCGUCCGAAGCAGAGGAGCUCUCUACUCCAGAGGACGAGUGGCUGAACAAGCUUCCCGAGAAGAAGAAACCCUUGUACUCUCACAGUUUGCCUUGCGUCGAGGCUUGGUUAAAGAACUUAGGAUUUUACCAGAGUAAAGAGGACCGAGCUGUGUGGCUAAUCGAGAAGCCUGAAUGGCAUGCUCAGCUCUCACUCGAUGUCACCGACCUCUAUAUAAGAUAUCUAAAGAGUGGACCUGGAAAUCUUGAGAAAGAUGUGGAGAGGAGAUUUAGCUAUGCAUUAAGCAGAGAAGAUAUUGAGAAUGCUGUACUUGGAGGACCUUGAACACAAUUUAUCAUUACUCACUAUAUUGCAAUCAUUCCUUUCUUCAAUAAAUAUAACAUAAUUUCUAGAUCUAUUUUCUUUCCAUUUCACAAUAGGUAGAAAUGAAAUCCACUUUUUGCUCACUACAUUCUACCUUCUACAAAUUAUAAACCCAAAAAACUACAAACUUAAAUUUCUACCAUUCAUUUCAAAAGUGAGAUUUGUUGGAACUCUCAAGUCGAA